AUGUUUACUUUCCUUGUUUCCUUUUUUAUCAUUCAUAAUCUUCCUUCAUGUCAUCUAUCUUCCAUUUAUUCCCAUUUUACUCCUAAAUUCAAUCAUAUAUUUCAUUUGCAGAGGCGGCGGGUUUAUGAUGACAGCUUGUAUCGGGCUGCCGACUUGUACAACGUCGCCUUGACCGCUUACCCACCAAGCAUCGGAUCGUUCUUAGUCUGGUCCCUUCCCUUCGUCUGGUUCCUUCCCAACGGUAUUACAUCCAGAUUCUUCGAAACGCGCAAGCUCCUCCACUUCGAUAUAUUGGAAACCAUUCUUUUUCCAUAUAUACUCUCUCUCUUUUUCCAUAUAUACUCUCUCUCUCUUUUUCCAUAUAUACUCUCUCUUUUUCCAUAUAUACUCUCUCUCUUUUUCCAUAUAUACUCUCUCUUUUUCUAUAUAUACUCUCUCUCUUUUUCCAUAUAUACUUCCUCUCUUUUUCCAUAUAUACUCCCUCUCUUUUUUCAUGUAUACACUCUCUCUCUUUUUCCAUAUAUUCCCUCUCUUUUUCCAUAUAUACUCUCUCUCUCUCUUUUUCCAUAUAUACUCCCUCUCUUUUUCCAUAUAUACUCUCUCUCUUUUUCCAUAUAUACUCUCUCUCUUUUUCCAUAUAUACACCCUCUCUUUUUCCAUAUAUGCUCUCUCUUUUUCCAUAUAUACUCCCUCUCUUUAUCCAUAGAUACUCUCUCUCUCUCUCUCUUUUUCCAUAUAUACUCUCUCUUCGAUUCAUUUAUUUGUUCGUAUUAUUUAUCAUUUUUCAAUUUUUUUCCCCAUUUUAACGUCUGCAUAAAUUUGCUAUUUUCUUUUUUGUUUCGAUUUUUUUUCUUUUUGUAUUAUCUUCAGUUUAUUUCUUUCAUUUUUCUCCUUUUUUGUUGUUUUUUUUUUCUCUUAUUUUUCUGUCCGUUUUUCUUUUCUUCUCACCCUUACCGCCGUCUAUAUUUUCCUCUUUCAUCCCAUUCCUUCAAAUAUAUUUUCCUAAUUAUUUUUCCAUUUUUUUCUUGUCUUUAUUACCAAACAUUCUUUUCUUUUUUUAUCUUUUCUUCUCUUUUUCCUUCUCUCCAUUGUUCUAACUUAAUGUUGUUAUUUUAUAUCUUUCAUCCUUUCUUUUAUGUCCUCUUGUUUGACACUUUUCCUUUAUUCUAUCAUUUUUACUCCCAACUUUUUUCUACUUUUCUUUCUUUCGCUUUCUAUUUCUUUCUAUUACUUUUCCUUUUUUACUUUACGCAUUUUUUAUUUGUCUUCUACAAAAUUCGCUCUUUUUCCUAA